AUGUUCGAUUUCCUCACCAAAAGCAUAGUUCGAGGCGUAACUUCCUGGGCGGCAAGAAUUUCCAUGUCAAUGUUAUGGGGCCAGCGUUACCUUCGGCACUUUACUAUCAUUGCACCGGGACAUAGCGUCAACACAGAUGGAAUUCACAUUGGACGAUCAAAGAGGAUCAAUAUCAUUGAUUCAGACAUUAUCACCGGUGAUGAUUGCAUCUCAAUUGGAGAUGGGAGCCAACAAAUACGAAUCACGAAAGUAAGAUGCGGGCAGGGCCAUGGCAUUAGUGUAGGAAGUUUAGGGAAAUGCGAGAAGGAAGACCACGUGGUUGGAAUUUUUGUAAGGAAUUGCACGAUCUCGACAGAUAAUGGUGUGAGAAUUAAGACUUGGCUUUGCAUUACAUGGACAAUCAAUUCCACGGAUGUUAAUUUUGAAGACAUUAUCAUGAAAAAUGUCGACAAUCCUAUCCUCAUUGAUCAAGUGUAUUGCCCAUGGAAUCAAUGCAAUCCAAAGGUAAAGAUCAACAACGUUAGCUUAAAGAAUAUUAAGGGCACUUCAACAACUCCCAUAGCCCUUCGACUUAACUGUAGUAGCAUCGUCCCGUGCGAGAAGGUUGAGCUUGCUAACAUUAACCUCAAGUACAUUGGGUAA